CACCCAUCCAAGGCAGCCUCAGUUACUGUCCUCGCUUCGAGGGGACAACACAGUCCGGGAGAGUCCGUGAUUUCAGUGGCGACCCCUCUGAUUUAACAGCGCAUUUUAUGAUGAAUGAAAAGCCCAAUAUCAGGUACGAGACUUCAAAGUGUGAACCAUAAAAAGGCAGACCUGACCAAGGCCAAAGAAAACUCAAAAAAACCUUAGGAGGUGAAAUUAAGAGAGCCGGAGAGCACAGACGAAAUUCAGUAUCGACUUGAAAGUUCAGAAGUAAGAGAAAAUAUAAAAGCGAGAUAGAUACAUCGAGAGCGAGAGGAGAAGGAGAGGGAGAGCGAGGUGGGGGAGAGGAGAGGAAGGAGCUUUGUGGAGAUUAAGAUGGGUCUUUUUCGUGUCCCUCGGGAGAGUCUCAGCCUCCAAAGGAAGAAGAGACACGACAUGUCCCGCCAGGAAGGGAUGACGAGCAGCAGCAAGCUGCAGGUGGUAGGAAUGCUGCUCCUUCUGGCGGUGUUGGCCUCGACACUGUCCUCUGGAAUGUGCAUGAAGGCAAAUGGCAGCACCACCAACCUACAGAUCUUGGACAACCUACUGAAGAAUUACGACAGGAGAGCUACGCCAACCAAUCAUCUCAAUAAUGCAACGACAGUCAACUGCGAGUUAUACAUAAGGAGUUUCGGCUCGAUUGAUCCAAAUUCGAUGGACUAUCAGGUGGACCUGUACCUACGACAAGCCUGGGUCGACGAGCGACUCAACCAUGCAGACAUUAUGCAGCCACUGGAUCUCAACGACCCCAAUUUAGUGAAGGCCAUUUGGAAACCGGAGGUUUAUUUUCCGAACGCCAAACAAGCAGAGUUCCAGUUCGUGACCGUGCCCAAUGUCCUUGUGAGGAUUAAUCCCAUGGGCGAAAUACUCUACAUGCUCAGACUGAAAUUGCUGUUUGCCUGUAUGAUGGAGCUCUCAAAGUUUCCCCUGGACUCUCAGAUAUGCACCAUGGAAAUCGCAAGCUUUUCGAAGACGAUGAAAGAACUCCGUCUCUCCUGGAAGAACGACGACCCCAUUAAGAUGUACAAAAAUAUGAGGAUGCCCCAGUUCGAGAUGGAAAAGAUCGUCCCAACGACCUGCCAGGAAUCCUUUCAGAUCGGCAACUACAGCUGUUUAGUGGCCGAGUUCCACAUGCGGCGGGCCAUUGGGUUCCACCUCGUCCAGAGUUACCUGCCGACCAUUCUCAUAGUUGUCAUUUCCUGGGUCUCCUUUUGGAUGGAUGUGGAUUCCGUACCUGGCCGAACCACUCUCGGGGUCACCACACUGCUCACCGUAUCCUCGAAGUCCUCAGGUAUACAAGGAGGGUUACCACAGGUCUCUUACGUGAAAGCUAUCGAUGUCUGGAUGGGCGCUUGCACAGGAUUUGUAUUCUGUGCCCUUCUGGAGUUCACUCUGGUCAACUACCUAUGGCGACGACGACCUCAGUUAGAACUUCGUCCGGGCCGUGGUUCCAACGGCGUCUGCCUUGCUGACAAGUUCGCGCACCACUCAUCCCCCAACUACCAGCAGCAGAAGUCAGGUGUUCCAAGCCCCACGGAGGUCAAGGCAUCACCCGUCGGAGGAGGAGGAGUUGUCACCACUCCCACGGCACCCCCGCCUGAUAUGAAGAAUACAGCAGGAGGGGGAGGAGGAGGAGGCGGAGGCGGGGGGGCAGGCUCCCCCUCUGGUCCUGACGACCCGGCUGCUGUGACAGCCCAUUUUGUCAGGGUCUUCAAGCAGAGCAACAAGAUCAGAGCUCGACAGAUCGACGAAUACUGCCGCGGACUCUUCCCUCUCUUCUUCGGUCUCUUCAAUAUCUUCUAUUGGUGCUACUACUUGCUGUAGACUCUUCGGGAAAAAAGGAAAAGAAGAAGAAGAAGAAGUUUUCUCUACCACGUGAGAUGACUGGAAGGGGCUCUCAAGCUACGAAAACAUUUAGGAAUCCCUCCUUAUAAGAAUCUCUUGAAAGCCGAGGAAACUUUCUGGAGGCAGAAGUAAUAAGUAAAGGUCAUAGUUUUUAUUAAAAGAUGCGAGAGUUUAAUGUCACGUGAGGAAAAGACCAUUUUUUUUUUUCAGGGAAUUGUUUACACAACAAGUUAGCCAAAAUUCAAAGUGUAGAAAUUAUUUUAAUCUUUCUCAAGUAAUGACACAUCACUGAGUUAUUUAGCUAUGCGAGAGAAAUGCGGUAGAAUAUAAUGAUCGUCAACGCAAUGACAACAGAGCUCCAAUUAAAACGAGGAGAGUGAAAACAUGUGUCAACUGUCAAGUGAGUGCUACAGGACACUUGGAGAUUAGGUGCCACGUCAAAACAGCAGGAAAUAAUGAUAACAGUGAUUCGUUCAGGUCUGCCACACGAGAGUUAUAUGAAAGCUCUUGGAUCUCACUUGAGGUGUGAAUUUUAUCACUGAUCACUUACUCAUUGAAUCAAAUUUCAGACAGCGAAGGCGUGGUAUUAACUGAGAGCAAGAGGACCCAUCGGUGUCUCGAGAGGAGACGAUAACUCGAGGAGUCGAAGUAGUUGCGAAGUGGGUUCCCGCAAAAUCGACGCCAAAAUAAUCAAUACCUUUGCGGAGGCCAUGAGGUAGUAUAUAUAGUAGGUAUCGCUCCGUAGGGGAUGGGCCGCGUCCCCGAACAUUUCUCUCUUUUGGCGUGAAUGUUGCGCGAGAAAUAUCGCCACAUGAAUAGGUCACUACUUACAUAGAGCAAUUAUUCUUUAUUAUUCCACCAUUUACGAUGGACAUCGGAUGAGUUGUAUCCAUCCCGACGCUUAUUAAAGGAAUUAAGUCACUCCCCGACUCUUCUGGUGAUUCCAGCAAGUAAUUCUAAGAUUUUCUAACGUCAUUCCAUUCAACAAUAUUAUUAUUAUUAUAAACUACGAUGAGGAAACCAUGUUAGAGCUAUAGUUAUUUUUGUAUAAAAUGUGUACAUAAUGAUCUUUGGCAUCUCCUCCACCCCAGACUUCCUCCUCUUCCUUCCACCCCGCCCCCCCCCCCCCCCACCGCCCCCUCGUUCCAUGACCUGACCUCUCAUAGCUUAGCUGACCCUCAAUGGGCUUCGUAGGUCCUCAUCAAAUGAUACCAUUUACAAUACAGGAUUUAGAUUAGCCUACAACUCCAAGACGAAUGUACUAUAUUGUGUAUCAUUAGGAAUAUUUUUCCGAAGCGCUUUUGAGAUGUAGCGAAUGUUUGUUCCCCUUUUAUUGACAGACAACUGUGUAGAUUUAGCGUAUUUCCUUUAUCAUUGUUAGUCAGUGUUUACUUUGCCGGCAGGUGUCAGGUUGUUUGGCGAACGGUCGGUUUCCAUACGAUGAGUCAUGGAUGGCUCUCGGUUCGGUUCUGGAAGGCUUCGGUUGGUUGGAGGAGGAUGAAUAAGAGGAUUUCUGCUUUUCCUUUCCGUUGCGGGGGAAGGUUAUUUCCAUCGGUGCUCGUU